AAGGUUAUGUUUUCAUCAUAACCUCACCAAACAUAAAAUUAAGAAUCCAAUAUAAAAAUGAAUGAAUCAAAUAAAAAUAUAUCAAUAACACGUUCGUAUUUAAAAUCGAAAAUUUUAAACGAUUCUACAUUGAUUGGUUAUGAAAACGAAACGAAUCAAAUACAAAAACUAAUUGAAAGGACCAUAGAGAAUGGUGAAUCAAAUUCGGUGUUGUUAAUAGGGCCAAGAUGUUCAGGAAAAACCACUUUAUUGAGAAAUGUAUUAAAUAAUUUAAAUAAGAAAAAAUUGUUACGGACGAAUUCAGUGUUUGUGGAACUUCACGGUUUAGUCCAUACAGAUGAUCGCUUAGCUUUAAAAGAAAUGACAAAUCAAAUGGAUUUGGAUAAUGCAGUUGAUGGAAAAGUUUUUGGAAGUUUCGCUGAGAAUUUAGCCUUUUUAUUGGCUUGCUUAAAAUCGGGGAACAAAGAAACAGCUAAAAGUGUCGUUAUUAUUUUGGAAGAAUUCGAUUUGUUUUGUAAUCACCACAAUCAAACUUUAUUGUAUAAUUUAUUUGAUGUUUCACAAUCGGCACAAACACCUUUAUGCAUUAUUGGUACAACUUGUCGAUUAGAUGUAAUUGAAUUAUUAGAAAAGCGAGUAAAAUCUCGGUUUUCUCACAGACAAAUUUUUUUAUCACCUGGAAAUGAUAAUAACACAUUAGAGCUAAAGAGUUUGAUUGAAAGGAUUGGUUAUUUUUUAAUGUUUAGUGAUGAUUUUAAAUUAAAUAUUCCAAAAAAGUAUAGAAAUGAAUGGAAUAGUUGUGUUAAAGAAAUUCUUGAUAAUAAAAAGUUUAUGCAGCUGAUUCAACGAUUAAUCGAUGUUGAUUGUGAUGAAAGAUGUUUAAAAAAUAUUUUGUUGCAGAUAAUCAACUCAUUAUCUCAGAAAAAAUCAACAUUAACAAUAAAAGAUUUUGAAGAUAAAUUAGCAGAAUUUGAAAAAGAUGAAAUACUCGAAAUGUUAAAUGACGUCACAGUUUUAGAACUUUGUUUAUUAAUCGCUAUGAAACAUCACUGUGAUAUAUACGAUAAUCAAUUGAUGAAUUUUGAAAUGAUUUAUACAAGAUAUGUUAAGUUUGUAAAUGCUAAUUCUAACAUUCAAACCGUUCAAAGAGCUGUUGUUAUGAAAGCUUUUGAACAUAUUCAGAAUAUGGAGUUAAUUGUGUCUGUUUCUCAAGGAACUAAGCUUCAAAAGGAAUAUCAAAUGUUUAAAUUGUUAUUAUCGCCUCAACAAAUUUUGGAAUUUGUUAAAAAAUCAUCAGCUAGUAUUCCUACAGAAGUUGUACAAUGGGCUAAUAGCUCAAUAGUUUAAUAAAUAAAAAAAUAGAAUGAUAUUUUUAUAUGAUAAA